AUGCCAUCCCUUGCCGCGGUCACAAUCGAUGUUGCUGCUCGCAAUGCCACUUUGGACAAGUCGUGGUAUACCCUCUUGGCGAACAUGCAUACAGAGUUCCCCGAGUUGCAAGAUGCAGGAUUGCACGGAUAUUACACCAUGUCCGGCUCCCCGAGGUCCUUCUCCGUCACCCUGCUACAGUAUAACCAGCCGGACGCAACCAGCGCGAAAAGGCUUAUACAGCCACUACAGCGGACUCUAAUUGCCGCCAAUUCCUCGGCAACGCACCGUAUCACCACUCAAUGGUUUUCGUCCUGGUACACCAUGGUAAAGGGUGUGCCUUGCUCCGGCUGCACGGGAACAACACACAGCGUCCAGGCAUCAAGACUAAUCCCCCGUCGCUCGUUGGAAGACGUCGACUUGCUCAGUGAAGUUCUAAGAACUGUGGCUUCACUCAACAAUGAGACGGCACGUCAUAUUUCUAAUCCGCCGCCCAAUUCCAUGACAUCUGACCUGAAUUGCCCGCAGAACGGUGUCUCUAGCCCCUCCAUCUCGGGAACAAUGACCGCCAGCAAGAUGCCCGUCAACAAUUCUCUGAAUCCAGCGUGGAGGGAUACUGUCGUCCAUCUCAUCACGAAACAAACCUGGGAUGAUACCGUCCCCGAGGAGAUGGUCAACCAGGCAAUCCAAAAAAUGACGUACGGGAAAGGAUAUGCGUUGCGCCAGCUUGCGCCUGAUUCAGGUGCCUAUUUCAAUGAGGCCUAUGAAUACGAGCCCCCCUGGCAGUCGUCGCUCUUUGGAUCCAACUGCCCGCGCCUGCUCUUCGUCAAACAAAAGUACGACCCUGACAGUGUGCUCUGGUGUCCGCACUGCGUCGGCAGUGAAGCUUGGGCUCUACGGGGAGAUGGAACGCUGUGCCAGGCUUUGUGA